AUGGCAGACCCCAAGCCCGGUCACGAAGCACAGAUCCAGACAACAAUGAGAGCAAAGGUCGAGGGCCGCCUCGCGCUCAGACUCCGCAUCGCAAUCAAGGUCGAGGUCGAGGUCAAGGUCGCGGUCACGGUCACGGUCGCGCCUAGACUCCCGCUCAAGGUCCCGCUCCAGAUCACGUUCUCGAUCGCGAUCACGCUCGCGCACUUCCUCGCGCCGCACUCCCCACCGAUCGACCUGCGCGGCCACGAGAAGCCGAUCUCCCAGGUGCGCAUCUCCCCGGACGGGAGGUGGAUCGCCUCUGCCUCCGCAGACGGCACCGCCAUGAUCUGGGACGCCGCGACGGGCGCCCACAUGGACACCUUCGUCGGCCACAUGGCCGGCGUGUCGUGCCUGGCCUGGAGCCCUGACAGCGAGACCCUCGCCACCGGUUCCGACGACAAGACCAUCCGCCUGUGGAAUAGGACCACCGGCGACCCGGCCCACGCUGGCGGUGCCGACGAUAAUGCCGCCGCCGCCGCCAUUGGGAGGAUCGGCACGAGCGCUAGGGGCAUCGGCGGGCGCACUGGCGAUGCGGGCGUUAGGGGCAGCGGAGGAAGAAAACCCCUUUUGGGCCACCAUAAUUAUCUUUAUUGUCUCGCAUUCAGCCCCAAGGGCAACAUACUUGCGAGCGGGAGCUACGAUGAGGCAGUCUUCCUGUGGGAUGUGCGCGCCGGGCGACUUAUGCGGAGCCUGCCGGCACAUAGCGACCCAGUGAGCGGUAUCGACUUCUGUCUGGAUGGCACGCUGGUGGCGAGUUGCUCCACGGAUGGGUUGAUACGCAUCUGGGAUACCGCCACCGGCCAGUGCCUCCGCACCCUAGUCCACGAGGACAAUCCUUCCGCCAGCUCCGUUUGCUUCUCGCCCAACGGCCGCUUCGUGCUGGCCAGCUACACCGACUCGUGCGUCCGCCUGUGGGACUUCAUCAACAUGCCCUGCGCUGUGAAGAAGACAUACCAGGGUCACGUCAACGAGGGUUACUCCAUAGGCGGAUGCUUUGGAGUGGUGCGACGCCGACAGCCUAGGCUUGCUCAAAUUCCCACGCAGAACGGCCACAUUGGCCAGCUGGACGGGGAAGUGGAGGAGCAGGCAGCCAACGGAGAGGAGCUGGCAGGAGACGAGCAGGCCGAAGAGGAAGAAUACGAUGAAGGUGUCCCCUUCGUCGCCUCAGCGAGCGAGGACGGCGACGUCGUUAUGUGGGAUGUCCGCACCAAGGAGAUAGUGCAGCGCAUCCCGCGCGCUCACGACGGCGUGUGCUUCUGGGUCGACGUCCACAGCGCCUCGGGCACCAUGGUCACCUGCGGCUAUGACAAGCGGAUCGUGGUCCACCGCCACAAGCACCUGGAGCCGGAACCCGAGGACGACCAGGGUCGCGCGGGUAGGGACGUUAACGGGGCAUACCCACAUGGCGAGGAUGAUGCAGCGGCAGACCAGACGAUGGAGCGCGAGGCUGUGUUUGAUCGGGUGAACGGUGAGAAUGGGCACGAUCACGGCCGCGACGACUUGGGAGAUGAGGAUGAGGUGGCGGAGGCCGCGGCUGAUGCCGACGUCCCGAUGAGCGAGUAG